AUGACCAUUUAUGCAAUCCAGGAGCUUUGGACCAAUGAGCGCCUGCUGAAUGCUGUGGAGCAACUGAUUGGGCCAGAUAUAGCAGGCCAUCCUGUGUGGAAUCUGCGUACAAAAACACCAAAAAAUGAAGCCACAACUGUCCCAUGGCACCAAGAUGUUGGCUACCUGGACAACAAUUCCUAUGAAGUUCUGCAGCCCACUGCAUGGAUACCACUUUUGGACUCCAAUGAAAACAAUGGCUGUAUGCAGUUAGUAAAGGGCGGUCACAAGACUGGACGUGUGGCGGAACACGAGUGCUGUGCUGGCAACACUUGGUACACCAUGUUGACAGAGGAAGAAAUGGAGAAAACCCUGGAGGUUAACAUGGCAGAGGACAUUGUGUCAUGUCCAGUGUCCUAUGGAGGAAUGUUACUGUUAAACAACAUGAUUCCACAUAGGAGCCUAAACAACUAUUCUGAUGCUAUCCGCUGGAGUCUGGACCUGCGUUGGCAGACACCACACAAAUCCUGUGGUUUUUAUGGCCUGAAGGAGGGCCUACUGAUGCGUUCCUCAAAGGAUCCCAAUGUUCAGAUAGACUGGGAUACUUUUCUAGGUCUGAACAGAACCAAGGAACAGCACAAGUCUGUGGGAAAGGAAAUGGAUGAUUUUGACACCACCAUUGUGGGGCCUUGGAUGAAGAAAUGGAAGAUAGUACAUCACAACCGUCACACCAAAAACAUAUCUGAGGAAACUUUAUCAUCUUGGCACAAUCAUAGGCCAAUCAAAGCUUAAGUUACUGUGAACCAAUCUAAAAAUGGUAAAAAAUACAGUAAAAAAUGAUGAUUAGUCAGAACUUCCACUGUAAAGUGAGCCCCUGUAAUUUUUAUCAGUCUAAGCAAAAUAAUUAAUAGCCUUAUAUUUCAAAAUUGGAUAAUAGCUACUCUUAGUUUACAUUCAGACAAUUUUUACAUCGAGUGCUAUACUCGAGGGAUGUCCUUAGUAUUUUUUGUACCCUUUCUGUAUAAACCAUAUAUAUUAAUAUAUGUUGGUUUUAAUAGGUAUGGAUGCUAUUUUAAAAGUAUUAUGUACAAUACUAUAAGGGUAUAGUAUAUUGACUUUUACCUACAUGGUAUGGCAUAAUUUAUUUUACAGAGAUAAUACAAGGCUAAUAUAAUGGUCACAAUAUAAUAAUAAUAAUAAUAAUACAUAAAUAUAACUUGAAUUAUGCCAAACAUUCCCUCAUAUUGAUGGACUACCCUGUAUCAUCAUGAUUUCAAAGCAAAAUUUAUUUAGUUUAACAAUUAAGGUGACUAAGGAUGCUUUUUGUCUUAAGUAAUGUACACGUAAUCUUAUAGGCCUAUAAACAACCAAAUUAGUUUUUGUUAUUUAAUAAUUUGGGUGCCAAAACAUGCUUUCUAUAUUGUGUACAUGCAGUAUUUUUAUAAACGAUCAUAAAAAUAAUUAAGAUUUUGGAACAGAAUGAACCAAAAGAAUUGGCAACAUUGUAAGGGUUUGAAAUGUAUUUUACUGGGCCCCAUAGAUACCAUAUUGUAGUAUAUGGUUAUGGUAUAAGUUCACAAGUUCUUGCUCUAUGAGCAAUUUUAUUUGUAAUUUCAAUUCAUUAAAAAAUUGAUACAGUUCUUUAACAUACCAUUAUGUACUGGGCUGAAGAAUAUAUUGGACAACAGGAUUGCAAAGCACAAAAUGUGCCAAUAGCUUUUAUGGAAAAAAACAUUCUGCUUUUUCACUAGGCAACUGGUCUUAGCUAGUUUCAAGUAAAACUGUACCAUCUUAAGGCAAUAAACUUUCAUUACUACAGCAAAAAAUACAGUGUUUUAAAACAAUUAUAAUUUGGCUAUUAUAGGGCAAUAAAUACUUCUACAAACCACAGAAAGAGCAAAAUCUUGAGAAAUAACUUGAAAAGAACAUUGAUUAGGUAAAUAAAUAUGCAGAAAACCAACCUCUUUAUUUAAAAAUAAAUAUAUGUAUGACAUAUAAAUACAUAGUGACACAUUUACUUGCUUCUAAUGGGCCUUUUGAGAAAUAGUAUACAUUGGUUAUAGACAAUCAAAUAUUGAAGCUAUAAAAUACAAAUCUAGAACAGGUUACUCAUGUAAUCCAAAACAAAAAAAUAAAUGCUAUUGUAUGUCUGGAAUUGUACCAAAUGAAACCAACUCAUCAAAAUUGAAUUAAAACAAAAAUUUGGUUAGGAGUAUUUCCAUACUUUAUUUUUUACAAAUUAAAGACUAC